AUGCUCGACAUAUUCGGCAAUCUACUGGGGAAGAGCUCCAAGAAGAACUCCAGUCAGCAGCAGGCGAAUGGAGGCAGCGGUCAGACGGACAACGACAACAACUCCGAUAGCUAUGUGUUCGUAAGCAACAACAACAGUGCCGUCUAUUCUCAGACCACCAUUCUCACCGACGAGUUUGGUCUCAUUCACGAUGCUCUGGAGGACUUUGUAAUCAAGCUCUUUGGCGACGAGCGAUGGCUGGAGAUUUUAACCAAAUCUCAAAUAAACCUAAAGGGGGCGUCUUUCCUCAUGUACAAAGAGUACGAUGACCGCGUCACCUGGAAACUGAUCGCCACCACCAGCAAGGUUCUAAUGCUGGACAUUGAGACGGUCCUGGAGGCGUUGGGCAAUCACUUCAUCAAGUACGUCUGCUUUCACGGCUACGAAAAGAUCCUCCGAAUGCUGGACAUUGAGACGGUCCUGGAGGCGUUGGGCAAUCACUUCAUCAAGUACGUCUGCUUCCACGGCUACGAGAAGAUCCUUCGAAGUAUUGGUGAAAAUCUGCACGACUUUCUCGCCAAUAUUGACUAUCUCCACGAACACCUGACCAAUGUCUUUGUGGGCCUUCGAGCGCCUAGCUUUCGCGUCACCCACAGCACCGAGGGCACCAUGCAGCUGCACUACCACAGUGAACGAAAAGGACUGGCGCCCUUCGUGCGCGGCCUGGUCACCACCGCCAGCAUCGACUUCUUCCGCACCGAGGUGAUCGUCAACCAGCUGUCCGCCAGCGAGGACGGCCACAUCGUCUUUGAGGUGAUCAACAAGUCCAUCGACCCCAACUCGGACGCCUUCGAGAAGGUGAAGACGCCCUUCACCGACAGCAGCCUCUCCACCUCGCCAGGGAACCUGCUCUUCAGCGUGGAAACCCUCUGCGAGGCCUUUCCCUUUCACUUUGUCUUCAAGCGCAACUUUCGCAUCAUCGAGAUGGGCAACUCGCUGAAGCGGUACGUUCGCGUGGAGAACAGCCUGCUGAACAAGGCCAAUCAGAAGAUCAUGUUCAGCGACCUCUUCAUCAUCACCCGGCCGAUCAUCGAGCUGAACUUUGAGUCCAUUCUCACCUUCUCCAAUCACCUCUUUAUGCUCAGCUGUCGGGAGGAGUACGUCCGCGUGGAGAAGGGAGGCCGCAAGGGAAGCGAGGCGGCGGCGAUGGAUGCGAAUGCCCGCGCGGCGGCUCGCAUUUACACGCUCAGUCCGGAGAGGACUGCUCGCCGCAAUCCGAGACUUCUUCUGAAAGGGCAGAUGAUCUCUCUGCCCGCCUUUGAUGCCAUCUUCUUCAUGGGCGCGCCGAAGAUUGAGGACAUUGAGGAGAUGAUUCUGCUUGAUCUGACCAUCAGCGACUUUCCGGUGCAUGACAGCACCGGCCGGCACAUAAUGACGCGAGCGAUUAGAUCCGAUGAUCAGGAGGUGAUCAAUAAGAUUGACAAGGCGGCCAAUCAUCUGAAAAUUGUGGAGAAGAAGUUGCGAGGAGAGAUCUCCAAGAAUCACAAAAUUCUACAUGAGAUCUUCCCCGCAAAGAUUGCCCGCAUUCUCUGUCAGAGCAUCAAGGUCGAUGCGGAGCACUUUGAGGCGGUCACCUGUCUGUACUCGGAUAUCGUCAACUUUACCGCCAUGUGCUCCUCUCCGGUGAUGAAGGCCAUUGACAUUAUUCGACUGUUGAAUCGACUGUACAUUCAAUUUGACAACCAGACCAACUACUAUGGCACUUUCAAGGUGGAAACGGUGGGCGACGCCUACAUUGUCAUUUCGGGCGUGCCGGAGCCGGCGGACGACCACGCCGACCGCAUCGUGGAGAUGGGCCUGGCGAUGGUGCACGUCACGCGGACCAUCUACUCACCCUCCGAUGGAAAGCACAUUGAGAUGCGAAUCGGCAUCCACUCUGGCCCCUGUAUGGCCGGCGUCGUCGGCCUGUCGAUGCCUCGCUACGCCGUCUUUGGCAACACCAUCUCACUCGCCAAUAAGAUGGAGUUUGCCGGCCCACAGGGCAUGGUGCACAUCAGCGAGGCGACGAAGAAGUUCCUCAAGAAGGACAAGUACUACUUUGUGGAGGCGAACGUGAAGCACCUCUUCAACUUUCCGACGUACAUCGUCACGAAGCUGUACGAGGAGUACCACGAGGACCACCUGGUGAUUGAGAACAACCUGAACAUGGCCGGUGGCCUCUUCAAGUCGCCCACCAGUUCGCCGGUGAAUGAUCCGAAGAUGCGGCUGCUCGACCGAAACGCCGCUCUCAACGGUGGCGGCGGUGGGCUGAUCAACCCGGGAGCUCGAGGUAAUGGAUUCGGCUUGGGCGGCGGCCCUGGACAGCCACCGCAGUUUAUGCAGCCGUACUCGAAGAUGGCCAUGGGCGCAAUGGCCGGCGGCGGCAGACCUCGAAACGGCAUCAACGACCUGGCAGUGCCCGCCAUCAAGAUCAGCGACAUUNACGAGGAGUACCACGAGGACCACCUGGUGAUUGAGAACAACCUGAACAUGGCCGGUGGCCUCUUCAAGUCGCCCACCAGUUCGCCGGUGAAUGAUCCGAAGAUGCGGCUGCUCGACCGAAACGCCGCUCUCAACGGUGGCGGCGGUGGGCUGAUCAACCCGGGAGCUCGAGGUAAUGGAUUCGGCUUGGGCGGCGGCCCUGGACAGCCACCGCAGUUUAUGCAGCCGUACUCGAAGAUGGCCAUGGGCGCAAUGGCCGGCGGCGGCAGACCUCGAAACGGCAUCAACGACCUGGCAGUGCCCGCCAUCAAGAUCAGCGACAUUGACAAUCCGAAGAACAGUGGCGGCGGAGGAGGAGUUGGAGGAGGAGGAGGUCGGAUGAGGAACACACGAGACACUAAUUUGCUGCGUUGA